AGCUCUACAUUCAAUCAUCAAUAAAAAGUGCCACUGCUAGUCUUUGAUGAACUUAUGAAGAUACCCCACCAUGCUUAUCCACCUCUGUCUGACUGUCUCCGUGAUCAGUACAAGGAAAAAAACCAAGUACUGAAAGAGAAGGAGAAGCAAUGGCAACUUUUGUUAGCUCUCCCAUAAAUUGCCUACUGCAAUCAGCUUUUCUUUCCACUUUGCUUCUCGUCUGCUUAUCUCCCUUUUACCAGCCUAUCAACAUUCCCAGCCGUUUGUCUUCUUUUUAUACGCCUAAUUUUCAACCUCAUCCAUCAACAAUUCUGCUGCUACCACCACCAAACACCACUCUUGGUGUUGGCCAGGAUGCGCAAAUCACUUGGAAGAUCAAAGUAAGCCCUCUUGAUGAAAGGCUCCGACCAUCACGUUCACCUGUUCUAUUGGCAGUACAGAAUAUUACAAAAAUCAAGACGGGUUUUGAGAGAAUUGAAGAUGGUUUAGCAAGAGCAAGAGAUGCCAUUUUGAGAGCAAUUCGGUCAAGGAACUCUUCAUCAUACAAGAAGGGAAGUUACAUACCUAGAGGACUCAUCUACAGAAAUCAAUAUGCUUUUCAUCAGAGUCACACAGAGAUGGAGAAAAGAUUCAAGAUAUGGGUUUAUAAGGAAGGAGAACUACCUGUUCUCCAUGGUGGACCAGUAAACAACAUCUAUAGCGUUGAAGGUCAAUUUCUUGAUGAAAUAGAGAGGGGCAAAAGCCACUUUAUUGCUCGCCAUCCUGACGAAGCACAUGCAUUUCUUCUCCCUUUAAGUGUGGCCUAUAUCAUGCACUAUAUCUAUAAACCUCGCGUGACCUUCUCUCGCCACCAACUACAAACCUUGGUCACAGAUUAUGUUCGUGUUAUAGCUGAUAAGUACACUUACUGGAACAGAACCAAUGGAGCUGACCAUUUCUCAAUUUCUUGCCAUGAUUGGGGGCCAGAUAUCUCAAGAGCCAAUCCUGAACUCUUCAAGUAUUUUAUUAGAGCUCUUUGCAAUGCUAAUACAUCAGAAGGGUUCCAGCCCCAAAGAGAUGUCUCGGUACCAGAAAUCUUCCUUCAUGUUGGCAAGCUUGGACUGCCGCGUGAAGGCGCCCAGCCCCCAAGUAAGCGUCCAAUCCUUGCCUUUUUCGCCGGCGGAGCUCAUGGUCGCAUAAGGAAGGUCUUGUUAAAACGGUGGAAAGACAAGGAUGAUGAGAUUCAAGUCCACGAGUACGUCACUCAAAGGAAGAAAAAUAAUAAUCUUUACUUCAAAUUAAUGGGCCAAAGCAAGUUUUGCUUGUGCCCAAGUGGGCAUGAAGUAGCAAGUCCUAGGGUGGUAACGGCGAUUCAAUUGGGGUGUGUUCCUGUGAUCAUUUCCGAUAACUAUUCGUUGCCAUUUAGUGAUGUUCUUGAUUGGAGCAAGUUCUCCGUAAACAUUCCGUCGGAGAAGAUACAGGAAAUCAAAACGAUUUUAAAAGGGAUCUCGCAUAAAAGAUACCAUACAAUGCAGAGAAGAGUGAUCCAAGCACAGAGACAUUUUACGUUGAAUCGACCGGCAAAGCCAUAUGAUAUGAUUCAUAUGAUACUUCAUUCGAUAUGGUUAAGGAGGCUUAAUCAUAGGAUGCCAUAGACACUAUCAUUUGAUUGAAGAUUUACCAAGUCAGGCAUUUCAUUUCA